AUGACCUCAAACAUAUCAGAAUCACUGAACGCUGCAAAUCUAGCAGCAAGGGAGCUACCAAUUACAACCCUGCUAGAAUGCUUGAGAGCAUUGGCGCAACAAUGGACGCAUACUAAUAGGACAAAAGCACACAACACCUUUACUAAGCUAUCACCAGCUGGAGAAGACAUAUUGCUGAAAAAUUACACAUACUCAUUGAAUCUGGAGGUUAAAGCAACAACAAAUUACUUGUUCGAGGUAACAAGAAUGAAAGAAUCGUGGGAAGUAGACCUAGAAAAAAGAACAUGCACGUGCAACAGGUUCCAAGUAGAUGAAAUGUCGUGCGGGCACGCUGUGGCCGUGAUGAGGGAGAUGAACAUGGACCCGUACACCUACUGUUCAGAUUACUACACAAAAAAAAAUUUCCUGGCAACUUAUUCAGGGACAGUUUACCCAAUAGGACACCAAAGUGAGUGGGAGGUACCGGAAGAAGUGAAGAAUAUUAUAGUCUUGCCUCCGCAUGAAAGAGUUAAAUCAGGAAGACCAAAAACAUUAAGAAGGAAAGCUGGAUGGGAAAAGGAUCAACACAACAAGUGCAGCAAAUGUGGGGAACUGGGGCAUAACAAAAGAACAUGCAGCAGAAGACGUAGAAGGGAAUAA